AUGACUAUCACAAUUUUAAAGUAGUAAAAAGAUAAGAUUAAUCAAUUAUUAUAAGAAAUAGAAUUUUGGAAAAAGAGAUAUUAAUAAUUAGAUUUAGAUGGAAUAAAAGGUAUGGAAGAAUUUAAGAAGAGUAGUGAAACUUUAAGAAAUUCAUAAUUUGAUGAGUUAAGAAGAAGUGGAUCAAUGCAAGUUUAGGGAUAUCAAAAUGAAUUAAAAAACUUAAGAGUAUAAUUAGAAAGAUUGUAAUAAGAGAAUAAUGAGUUAAAAGAUACUAUUCAUUAAUUAGAGAGUACUAAAAAUGGAUAGAAUUCAUAAUUUAAGGAAAUGAGUUCUAAACUUGAAAGUUCUAAUUAAGAGAUUAAGAGAUUAAAUGAUAUAUUACUUUAAAGAGGUAAAUAAAAUAAACAAUUAGAAUUAAGAAUUAAAGAACUUGAAAGAUAAGUGAGUGAAAAAAAUAUCUUGAAAGAAGAAAUUGAUAAAUUAAGAUAAUAAUUGAACGAUAAAAAUAAUUAGUUGUAAGAUUUACAUAACUAAAUAACACAAUUGAAUAAUAGAAUAGCAGAGUUAGACCGUUUAUUAUAAGAAUCUAAAUAAUAUAAAGAAAAGAUUUAAUAAUUAUAGACUGAAAUAGCAUAAUUGAAAGCAAUUAUUAAGGGAAAGGAAGAUUACAAAUUUAACUGA